CGGCCUCCCGGGAAACCCCGGCGCCGUGGGAGCCCGGGGCGGGAGCCACCGCGUGCCGGGCUGCACAGCGACCCCGGCCCCUCUCCGGGCUCUGCAGACGCCGACGCCUCCCGGACGGCCCCGCCGGACUCCCGCGCGGAUCUGCGGCGCCAGACGUGGGUGUUCGGGUCCCGGGAGCUGAUGGUGAAGGCGGGCGGCGCCGUGCCCGAGGGCAGCCUGGUCUACGUGCGGGAGGGCAGCAGCGCCUUCCUGCGCACCCCGCGCGGCUGGAGCCGGCUGCUGCUGGAGGACUCGGAGUCGCUCUUCGCCGGCGACGACCCCUCCGCGUCCCCCCCGCGCUACCAGGAGGCGAAGCAGGUGCAGACGAAGAGUCCCAGCAUGGAGCCGCCCGCGGGGACGGUGGUGCACGGGGAGGAGGCGCCGGGGAUGCCCAGGAUGCUGCCGACCACCGUCGCUCCCAGGAUGCCUUCACUGCGCCUGGCCGCCCUCAACGCCCCCCUCUCCGGCGACAUGAGCGGGAUCCGCGGCGCCGACCUGCAGUGCUACCGGCAGUCGCAGGAGGCCCGGCUCUACGGCACCUUCCGGGCCUUCCUCUCGGCCCCCACCCAGGACCUCGUCUCCAUCGUCAAGCGCACGGACCGGGCGCUGCCCGUCGUCAACCUGAAGGCAGGUGCCGCUGCCCGCGGACGGGGCGGCUCUCCAUGACGCUUCUCCCGCCAGCGGGUCGCACGGCGGCGGCUCGUCGCCCUCUG